UUUGUAUAGAUUGUGUACAUUUUGGUGUUGUCUGUUUAGACCAUUGAAGACAUCCUAAAGUGCAAACCUGGUGGUGUAGAAGUCAUGCAGCACUAUAAAGACACUGGUAAUCUCUCAACCUCCAAAAGAAAGGAGAUGAUUAAUAUAUUGGUUGCACACAUGACUGAACAAGAAGGAAGGAUACCGCUUAAGGCCACAAGAGAGAUGUAUGCCCUUGGCAUUAUUACUCUCUUUCCAAACCUAAAAGAUCCUGAAGGGAAGACAGGCUAUGAACAAUACUAUGACACACAGAGAGGCACAGGUUUUAUUAUGAAUCGCCUAAAGACGGUUCAGAGAAACACUAAUUGUAAAAUGCCCUCUCAAUCAAAUGAGAAAUCUUGUGACCCUAGAAUGGAGGAAAUGAUCUGCCUUACAGAUCAGCUAACAGCUGAUGAUUGCCAAGAAGCAAUCUCACUGCUUAAACACAGCACUGAUCGUGAUAUCAUCUUCUGGAAGAUGAAAGAAACGUUUCAGUACCGUCAGGAGAUUGUAAAGGACCCAAAGUCGUCCACCUCCAUCUUUCACAUUUUUCCUAGAUUCCGGGACACCAAGGGUCUGAUACAUCAAGACUUUGCUUUGAUGUUUGGCCUGGAAACAGCCUCCAGAUUUUUAGAGAAGUGGAAUACCUCCUUCAAGCAAAAUGUGAUUAAGGAGGCAAAAACUCUAAAUCCAUCUGCAUUCCUGCUACAGCUACUGAAAUCUGCUGAAAAAAACAACGGAGACAACAGUAAUGAAGAAUGGGAUAGUGACAUAGCAUCUCUGCUUUUGCUGUUACACCUCCUUGCACCCCAACCUUCUGGAAGGAAGAGAGCAGCCAAGAUCAGUGUGAGAGAUGCUGUUGGUCGCCUCCUGAAAUUUGAAAAGUCCUGCAGAAGUUUGGAGGACCAUCUCUCAGAGGUGGAGGACAGACAGCCCUAUCUUCUGGCCACUGGACAAACCAAAGCAGAUGCACUUAAAUUCUACAUUGUGGUCGACAAGAAUCUCAUACCCUGUCAAGCAAGUACUUCACUUGGAGCUUUUGAUGAGCUUUUCAAAGCUCAUUAUGUCUUUGGUGCACAAUAUGACCCAUCUCUCAGCAACAUGUUCACCUUUAUCCAGACAACAAUCUACAAAAUCCAUCCUAGCACGUCCAGCCAAUCAUCACGCACUCGAGAGCUGAGAGCGAAACUGUUAAACAGUUCAAUGGAAAGUACAUAAUGAGAAGAUGUUUCAUUUGCAAGUCUUUGCUGGGUACAAGCAUUAAAUUGUUUCGACACCUGAAGUUAGCUCAUGGCAUGUACCCAUGGGUACAUGCCAUGAGCUAACAUACUUAGAAAAGACAACUUGAGGAUUAUU